AUGACUUCACAUCCACUAAUUGCAGACCUCUGCAACCCGGUAGAGUCACUCCGAACCUCCGAGUCCGAUACGAUCAAGGUGUUGAAGAAAAGAAAAGUCAAUGUCGAGCGCGACAUUCUUUUUGCCCGCAAAGAAUGGAAGCCUUCAGGUCUGUUUGACCAGAACUACUGGUCUCAAGCUGCAAAGAUCGAGAGGUUGUCAGUACAACGAGAGAUUAUAGACCGCAAGAUCUCGCAAGGCAGCUUCUCUGGUAAAGAGAUCGACUGGGAGGCGACUGAGGAGGCGAAAAGAAUCCUUGAGAGGAUAAAUGCGCAUAAACAGACGGAGAGAAUAUGCAAGACCCGGGCCGCAGAACUUCGCGAAGAGGGGACGCAGAGGACUCUAAGAGCCUCAUUUAUGCGGUUAUUCACAACCUCGAAGAUGGGCAUAAAUAUCUCGUGGACAGGCGCUGGCAAACGCAAGCGAGAUACCCAGAGUGACUGGAAGCAAGAUAUGGUUGAGGCAUAUAAUGCCAAGCACCCCGAUCAAACUUGGCUUUGGUGCCCAAUAACACACCAAUGGCGACCGUCCGAAAUGGUUGUUGCUGCACAUUUGUUCGGCUAUAUGCAUGGACAAGGAACAAUGGAUGCUAUUUUUGGAAAAGGGGGUGACAUCUUUUCCUCCAGGAAUGGACUCCUGGUCAGUCUAGAGUUUGAACGCUACUUCGAUAGUGGGAAAAUGGCCAUUGUACCAGACGUUGGAGAAAACGCCGGGGUUUCGGAGAUGCUGUAUUGGCUGAGUUCCAAACCACGAGAAUUCAAGGUCAAGAUAUUGGACCAGGAUUGGAAAAAGCUCGACGACAUGGUCGACGAUAAGUCAGGUUUGACCUAUAGAAAGCUUGAGGAUCGCCGUCUGAAUUUCAGAUCAAACUUUCGACCCGCCGCAAGAUAUCUUUAUUUUCACUACUGUGUGCAAGUUCUGAGAAGGGCUUGGCAAUAUACCAAAGACACUGACAAGACCGAGGCCGCCAAGGACCAUGUGGCUAACGUUUUAUAUGACACGAAUGGCAAGUUGUUUUGGGGGACCCCUGGCCGCUAUCUUCCCCGGAAUAUGCUGCUAGCUUUGGUGGAAGAACUGGGUCACGAGUACAAGCCGCUUUUGAAUGGUGCGGCGUCAAGCACGUCUGCUGAUUCAGAUAUGUUGCUGGAAUUAGCUGCAAACCAAACGAAGGCGCGGCGAAAGUCACUAUCAGAUGACCUUUUCAGCUUCGAGUAUUCAGACACUGAUGAUGACUAG